AUGGAGGCGCAACGAGAAGUUCCUGUGCUAUACGAAUACUCGAGCCUGCAACAUGCUACAUCAUUUCGUGUUGCGACGCUAUUGCCGGGUCGUGGGGAUGAGCCGAUUCGAUGCACUCUUGAAGAAGUGCAGUGGUCCGACGAGCGCCAGUACGAGGCCAUAUCCUACGCUUGGGGAGAUCCGAGCAUGAAGGUGCCAAUUCUCGUGCACAAUGGAACACUCAAAGUGACGAGAAACCUCCAGACCGCACUGUUUCACUUGAGGCACCAGGAAACGCCCCGAGUGCUCUGGGUCGACGCCAUAUGCACAAACCAGUCUGAUAUUCCCGAACGCGGCGCGCAGGUCCGCCAGAUGCGUCGCAUCUUCGAAACCGCCACCUCUGUCGUCAUCUGGCUGGGGCCUGACAACGAAGGCCGGCAGGCCGCCGACGCCGUCCGAGGCGUCCAGCGCAUCGCCGAGCACGCCUGCCAGCAGCUAGGCAUCACCCUCGACAGUCUCGCGUCCGUGGAGCAAGUCUAUCACAGCGUGCUCUUUCAGCACCGCGACCGCCUGGUCACCCUGCUGCCGGGCGACGACGACGACCUCGUCCCGUGGGCCGCGGUUCUCUGGUUCUACCAGCACGCCUACUUUACGCGCGUCUGGGUCAUCCAGGAGAUCAACGCCAACCGCCGUCGGAUUGUGUUGUGCGGGCCGCAUGCCGUCUCGUGGGACGCGGUCGAGCUCGUCGCUGGGUGCGUGGUGCUCGCGUCCACCUUUGCCGGCGCCGGCGGUGCGCCGGCAACGUGCGACUUUAGUGAUGCGUUUUGCUGGUGGGCGUCGACGGCACCGUCGGAGCUGCGCCAAGCGGGCAACUGGCUGCAUGUGUUGUACCUCGCCUCCAACUUUGCGGCCACCGAUCCUCGGGAUGUGGUGUACGGGCUGCGGGGAAUGAUGGACUGCGGCGACGGCGGCCGGCUGCUCGAUCCAGACUACAGCAAGACGACACUGCAAGUGUAUCGCGACGUGGUGGAGGCGUCGCUGGUCCACUACAAAACCACCAAUGCGCUGCUGUACGUCGCGGCCGUCGAGGGCCGGCCGUCGUGGAUCCCGUUUUGGAACGAGGCCAUGCUGUUCCGGAACCCGUUUCGGUUCGGGAACCCCAUGCCUUGGAGGCCGGCGGGGGGGUCGGAAGCGCGCUGGACCGUGGAUCGGGACAACUAUAUCCUGUCGCUCGAGGGUUUUUACCUGGGCGCCGUGCAGGCCGCCGAACCGUACUACGAGACGGUGUUUCGGGGCGGCGGGCAAUCGUCCCACGUGGCAGAGACGUGGCAAAGACUUCUCGAUCUAUUGGCCGCUACCGGGACCGGUGAGCUGCCCUUGUCCGAGGAUACACUUGUCGCGUGCGCGACGUCCUUCUGCUACGGACAGGACGAGACGUGUCAGCCAGCCGAGGAAGCUACAUUGGCAAGGAAUUUUGUCGUUUAUCUCAAGUCGGUUCUGCACCAUGACGACUUUGCCAAGUACAUCGGCUCGGCCUUUUCAGACCCCAAGGAAGAAGGCCAUGACACUGUAUUUGGUAAACCGGUCUGGGAUUUUGAGUAUCCAGAGUCGAGCUUCUUCAUCCUGGACGACGAAUCUAGGAGCCCUGGCUGCUGCAUUGCCCCCGUCGCGCCACGCGACGUCGUGUUUGUCCCCCUUGGAUGCACGUAUCCGUUGGUGUUGCGAGCCAAUGGUGACGGUCGCUUUCGCAUUCGAGGCUACUGCUUUGUGCACGGCGCGAUGCGUGGAGAGCGGCAGACCAGCGCGACGAGUAGCAUGUCCGAGGUGGGUGGUUUGGCUCGGCUGCCGUCGGCGAGGGAGCUCUUAAGCGUCCAGCAGUUUGCUGGUGGAGGUAAGCCGCCAGAGCGUGGCUUGUUGCACAUCCGCCCUUCGCUGAAGGUUGACUUUCAGCGUAGCAUGCAAUCAGAACGGAUGACCGGCCAUGCAUGGUAG